AUGGCUUCUAUCUUCCAUAUAUUGGCUUUUCUAUAUCUGCUUACCUCUCGAGCCUUUGAUUCCCGCGCUGAGGGCAAAAAGGAUGAACCAGAAAAAAACCUUGCCGCUGAAAUUAAGUCUCUUCGAAACGCUCUAGGAGCUCUGUCCCGCCAGGUGAUGUUGCAACAGCUGUUUGUCGAAGAACGUAUCAGAUCCGACGGUGAUUCUGGGGUAAAGCAAGUACGUCUUGCGAAUGAUGGAACCCGAAAUUACUUUUCGGAAGCUCAUGGAUAUGCUAAAAGGCUUUUAGCGAUUCACGACCACACUAACAACAUCCGCACAGUUGGGUUAGGAGAAUUCGUUGGAGUUCUCAAUGGUGUGGAGUUCAGGACCAGGCAUAAUGAUUACCGUCUGUUCAUGCCCAGUACGAAAAACAAAGAGUAUCACGCCACAGAAGAGAUUCCGUUCCCCGAUGUUCCACCAGAGGUCAAAAGUAAACCUACUGUAGAAGAAGAGAUCAUUGAGAUGCGUGAGUGGUUCAAGGCGUGGAAAGAUCAAGACUAUAGCGUUAGAGACUACAGAAAGUACUUCAAGCCUGUACUUUGUUACCUUGAAGGGGCAUGGUCAACCGCGACCAAGGACAUCGACGAGCCAUUUGAGAGCGACCGGCAUUUCAUUGAUGCUCAAACUUGGUUCGAAUUACAAGAGAAAAUUCGUUUCACCUCUUAUACUGGGAGAAAAGACAAUUUGGAAAACUUCUCCUUUCUACCCACUACUAUUAUGGAAUUAAUUAAUGAGACUAUACCUGUUUUCGCUCAAUGGAAUUACCGAAUUCUCUGCCAUCCGUUAAGGCGUGACAUACCCACAAACAGGUUUCGUAUGGUUGAUGAGUUGUAUUCCAGAGUUCCAGCUCAAAGAAAUUACUCGGAUCACCAAAACUUCAGAGCAGCAAGAUUUCAACUAAAUCCCAAAGACAAAGACAAGUGGUCCGAAAGAUUCAAUUCUAACCCCAAAUUUACCUUGCUGGAUCAACUCAUGAGCGAGAUUCCAGGAAAAGACAACUAUCAAGGCAAUCUAAUAGAUGAAGCGUUCGACCUGCCUGCCCAAACUGUUCAUCCCAAACAAACAGGAACGCUAAACGCUGCUUAUUAUCAUCGACUGUUCAAAGUAAUGGAGAGAGAUGCCAUGGGUCAGUCCAUACGUCAUCGUGGUUAUUCAGAUGCAAACCUGUACGUGGCCUUGACCAGUCAGUCAAAAGUGGCCGGAAUGAAUCUUAAGAUCUGCAAGGGACCAAAGCCAAACUCCCGAUGCAAAGAAGUCAAUCAGAAGGUCUCAUAUGCCAUUCCCAUGGAAAUAAUUUUUCUGACACCCUUAAGCAAUUGGAAUCCCUUUGAUAUUGAGUACAAAGGACCCGAUAAAGAGCCAUAUGGAAAGACAGUCUUUGAAAAUGGAAGAAAUGGAGACAGAAACCCUAAGAAGGCUUACAAUGGUACUAACAGCAGGAAGUUUUAUCAGACCCCUGAUGCAUUUUUCACGGGAAAGGAGGUGAGUGUCGAUGCCGCGGACACUACCAGAGAAAGCGUCGGCGUUUUAGACAGAAAUGGUAGGGUGAGGAUCUGUCGAGCGAGUGGAGUCAGAGUCUUCCUUCCACCUAUAAAAGGAAUAGGAUCUUUGCGUCAGCGCUACCCCAUAAUGCCUGUUCAUGGAGAGGGAAGCGCAGUGUGGAAAGAGCUUGGAGCUAUGAAAGAUCUUCUCCUGCAGUCAAAAACUUAUGGUUACCUCUUCAGGGAACCAUUAGGGGGCUCUGGUGUCGGGUCAGUAGCACUACCAGAGAGAUCGCUCACACUUCAGAUGGAAGACGCCACAAGAACUCCCCCAGGUGCACAUACUCACGAAGUCACUUUAACACCACAAGAGGUGAAAGACGCCAAGACAAAGGGGAAGCACAUCACAAAGUUAACGACGCAAGGAGCUGGGCAUCAACACACCAUUAGAGUUGCUUGGAAAAACGACAUCUGGGUGAUUCGCAAAUGCGAUGAGUACGAUAAGAAAAAGUACAAAUGUUUCGACCAACAUGGAAUGUACUUAAGUGAAGAUUUAAACGCUUAG